GGUGGGAGUGUUCAGAAACAAAAUCAGAACGAAACUCACAAGAAAACCCAAUUUCAAAAAGUUGAAUUUAAGCAAAUUACAUUUAAAAAGAAAAAAAAAACCAGAAAAGAAAAGAAGAAAGAGAAACGAAAACGAUAUCCCACUCUUAACACUGCUGCCAUUACUCUUUUGGAGCAUUCGCAAAUUUUCCUCUGAUCUUUUUCCUCCUUCUUUCUCUUCUCUGUCCUCAAUUAUUUUUAUUGCAAUGGCAAAUUUAGAACCCCCUUUUCCCAGGAAUUUUAUUUUCUGUUGGGUUAUGGUUUUUGGGGGCUCUUCUUUCGAGUUCUGAAGUUCUGCACUUUUCGGUACUCUCUUCCUUCUUUCUUUACUUUUUUUUUUUUUUUUUUUUGGUCUUCCACGUUCUAUCUUCUCAAAUAUCUUUCCCAGACUAAGACAGAUUGAGAAGAAAUUAUAUUAUAUACAUUUACACGUACGAGCAGCAUAGAGUGCAAAUUCAGAAGCUAAUCUCAUCGAUUCUGAUUUAACUCACACUUCAUUCCUUCACCCACUUUUUUCUUUCUAUCUGAAAAGCUUUUCCGCUUGGUUUUAUUUUUAACCUCCCCUUCUCCAGGGAGAAUUUCCUUGUCUCUUUCACAUUCUGCCCUCUCUCUCUCUCUCUCUGAGAAGAAAAGGAAAAAUGGGGUGUGAGUGUAACAAUGGCGUCAUGGGCUCGCGCAGCAGAAUCUUGUGUUCGACUGUUUCUCUUCUCUUUUUUCUGAUUUUGGCAUCGACCCAGAUGAGAUUUAUGGCUGAAGGCAGAUUGAUUUCAAGGAAUGUGAAUGAUGAAGAUAAAGUUGUAUUGAGAGGACAAAUUGGGUCAAGACCUCCAAAAUGUGAGAGAAGAUGCAGCUGGUGUGGACAUUGUGAGGCCAUCCAAGUUCCGGCAAAUCCACAAAAAUCAGCAAUUAAAAAUUCUUCAACAAUGAAGAACAUAGCUUACGCUAGAGAUGAAGCCUCCAAUUACAAGCCCAUGAGCUGGAAAUGCAAAUGUGGGAGCUUAAUCUUCAAUCCUUAAACACUCCCCACCAAUCUCUCUCUGUAAAUUAGUGAUUAUAUAUGAUUGUUAAUUUCUUUAACUUAACCACUCUGAUCUCUCUCUCUCUCGUUUUAAUUAGAUAAUGUAGAGUAUUAUGAUUGAAUUGAAUUUGGCUUGUUUGUGUCAUGCAA